GGGUUUGCUCGACAAUGUCCUACAUUGGCAGUCGGGUUCGUGAGGUGGACGGCAGGAAGGUCGUAGAGAUGUCAUCUCCAAGUGAUUCCUGUGCCCCGACUACCUGUGGUGGACUCGAGCCCUCGCCCUACGCUUCACCAUCUGAGGAUACUAUCGAUCAUACCACGGAUGCCGUGGCAGUGAUUGACGAGGCUCACUUCACCAGUAGGACUCCUCUUAUACCUCCUAUUACGGCCAACAAGAAGCUCUCAUCCUCAUUGGUACGGUUACCCAUCAGCAAGCGGUCGAGUCAGAAGUGCACCCACAAGAAGAGAAGAGCCGCAUCCUCCCAGCGAGGUAUUGACUACGUCACCUUUGCUACAGCUUCUGGACGCAGUAUUCCAGUGGUCAGCCGAUAUACGAACGUGAAGGUCAUCGGUACUGGCAGUUAUGGCACUGUACUAUCAGCCAAAGAUGCUGUAGCAGAGGUCACGGGGAUUGGACCCAUGGAAGUCGCUGUGAAGCACACUGUUCUAGUCGAGGACAAAUUGAACGUCGAGGACUGGCCGGAUAUCGUUCGAAUAAUUAGGGAAGUAGAGUUACUCCGUGACUUCCACCACGAAAAUAUCCUGCCGAUCAGCGACAUAUUCCCUCAACCCAGCGGUUACGCCAUGACCAGCAUUGGUAUCGUCACGCCUAUGUACAAAGGAGGCACACUGGCGACAUAUCAGCCGCGCUCACUGGCUCAAGUCAUGGCAUUCACUCGGCAGAUACUCUGUGCUCUUUCCUUUAUGCAUAAUAACAAUGUCCUUCAUCGCGAUAUCAAGAGAGAUAACAUUUUCGUGACAGAGGAUGGCCGUUCGGUGGUCCUGGGGGACUUCGGCUUAGCGCGAGCCUCUCCAUACCCCUUGGCUAGACUCUCCACCCCUUACCGUAGCGUUCCUGGUGACCGAAUGGGGAUGAGGUCGUCGACGUCUGGCAGCACUGCUGAGGUCAUGACCACGCGCAUCGUGACAGCACCGUAUCGAGCACCGGAACUACUGUUGAACCACGAUCACUAUGAUGGUCGGAUAGAUGUGUUCGCUACCGGCUGCGUGGUUGCUGAGCUCAUCUUCGCUCCGGGUAGCAGCCGGUCUCAUCUAUUCAAACACGAUGAUACUAAUAACAAGGAUUUGGAAUAUCAAUAUACUAGGGACUGUCUGGCACAGCAGUUGGUGAUGGACUGCCUUCUUAACGGGGACGAUGAUACCGAUGAGGCCUUAGAGAGCCGCAUAGACGCUAUGAGCGACUGGCUUGAUCACGGUCCGAGGGCGAGGUAUUUGAAGCAGUUCCAGGGUCUAACGGUAUCGGAGGACCUUAGGAGAGCCGCUUUGAUGGGAUCUUGUACUGUACAGAAGGUUCGGGAGAAAUUUGCAAUAAUACAGGCUGAAAAUCCAGGACCGUUGGUGAUGCAUGUGCUGAGAUCCCUGCUGACUUUCGAUCCUCGCCAGCGACCCCAGUCUCAAGAGAUGCUACUCGAAUUCGACGAAGUAUUCGACAUGGGUUUUGAAGGUUAUUGCGGAGAAGGCGAGUACAGCGGCCCUUCAGAAGACGAUUUAGAAUUUGAAAUUGAAACUGGCUUGCCCACCGAGUCUAGCCGUUACGUUUGCGCUAAAGAGAUCUUGUGGAACCUGAUGUUGGACAGUCGGAAGACUCUCAAUUCAUCAGGAAAGAUAGAGGCCCGUCGGGUCACAGAUAUCUUUGAGCAUGAUCGAUUCACGGCUGGUAGUGGGAUAGGUCGUAUACACCAACUGGCUGAUGAAUUAAGCCGCAAAUACUUAAGUCGGCGAGUGGUACCGACUUCUGCUCAUCCCGAUUGAGCGAACGUUCCUUCAUUACAGCUGAGUUACUAUAUUUCCUUUGCACUGGGGCUCUAUGUUAUAUAUAAGUUUUGAUUGCUGCUGCCGUUUGUUUCCGGAAGACACCUAAGAGCUAUUGUGGAAUAAUAUGCAACCAUUCGCCUACGUGGUAGCACUGGAGAUCCACGGCUUGUCUUUAACUCUGUUACGAAUUACAAACAACCUGAUUGAUUGUCCCCUGAGCUCC